UUCUCUUGAGGAAUUGUGCUUUUUUUUAAUGCAAAUCUCGUGAAAAAUUUGUUUUGAAAUAAAAAUUAAAAUGCAGGAUAGUUCAAAGUCCUUCCUCAUCAGAGACCUUCUGGGAGAUUUAAUAGGAUCCCACCGAAGCCACUUGAUGAGUCAACGAGAAAAUCCCAAUGAAGAAUCUCAACAAUCAGGAUGUACAGAUGAAGACAACAUGGAGAUUGAUAUAGAAGAUCGCUCCUCACCUGAAUCCACCAUCACCGGUAACUUCCCGCAGGCAUCAAUUGUGUCCACGAGCUCUGAAAUGGGCAUCCUGCACGGAAAGGUGGGCCGGAAACCUCGGAGACGACGAACAGCCUUCACACAUGCCCAAUUGGCAUUCCUCGAACGCAAAUUCCGAUGUCAGAAAUAUUUAUCCGUGGCGGACCGUAGUGAUGUAGCGGAUUCGUUGAAUCUGUCGGAGACACAGGUGAAAACAUGGUAUCAGAAUCGGAGAACCAAGUGGAAGAGGCAGAAUCAGCUACGUUUGGAACAGCUCCGGCACCAAGCAUCAAUGGAGAAGGAUCUCAUUGGGAGUGAAUCGCAACUUGCUCAACCAUCAAUUUCAUGCUGUCCCACGACAUCACUUUCAUCCUUUUCCCAAUCUCCGUGCAAUUUUCUCACAAGUGCAGCGGCUGCAGCAAUUUUCCGAAAUGUAGGAUACGUCCCAGGUUGCCCUCUCUAAGACUCACCAACUGACUCAUCGUACUAAUGCGAGGGAAAGUCUCAAAAUUGGGUGCAAUUGUAAAAUAAGGAUGAUAGAUGAAGAACCAAAUAAAACCUUUUCAUUGAGAAAAAGAAGCUAAAUUGAGAAGAUUAUCAACGUUAUGUCUAAAUUAGUUAAAGAAGAAAAUACAUCUUAUUCAU